AUGCGUUCCUCCCCGACGGUGCUCACGGUGUUGUUCGGCACCAUAUUUGGAGUAUUCGGUGCCUCGUUAAGUAAAUCGCUACUCAAUCAAGCACCCGACGAGUGUCGGUGGGCUGACUACGGCGAUGAAGAUCUGACGCUCGUCUGUCGCCUGAGGACUAUCAAUAGUGAGCUGGAGAACACAAACUUUAGUGUGCUGCAUCCGGAGAACACCGUCCGGCUGCGGUUGCACUGCAACGAUGGGUUGUUCUUCCAGAGCAGUCUCAACCACGGCAGCUUCAAGCAACUCGCGAAGCUGCGCUCGCUCACGAUCGAGUACUGUAAAAUAGCUAACCUGAGCGAGGGUUCCUUCCGUGGGCUCAAAGGGCUUACGAAUCUGACCCUGCGGACGCACAACACCGACUGGUCGUCGAUCAGCCUGAACGUUGCGCCGCUGGUAUUUAACAGCGAGCUCGCCAACCUCCAGCGGCUGGAUCUCAGCGAGAACAAUAUGUGGAGCAUACCGGACGGAAUGAUAUGUCCACUGCCGAAGCUGGACUACCUCAACCUAACGCAGAACCGUUUGCGUGACCUAUCCGCGUUCCACUUCAGCGCCUCGCUGAGCACGCGGCUCUCGAAGCAGUGCGGCAGCACCAUUGCCACGCUCGACCUUUCGCACAACACCAUCGACAACUUGCCGCCGGCCAUUUUUUCCGGCCUCCGCCAGCUCACCGACUUGCGGCUGCAGAGUAACGGGCUCAACUUCAUCGCCGACCGCGCUCUGGAAGGGCUGGUUUCGCUGGCCCGGCUGGACAUUUCGCUGAACCGGCUCACCAACCUGCCCCCGGAGCUGUUCUCCGAAGCGAAGCACAUCAAGGAGAUCUACCUGCAGAACAACAGCUUGAACGUGCUGGCCCCUGGCAUAUUCACCGAUCUGCAGCAGCUACUGCUGCUGGAUCUGUCCGGUAACGAGCUUACCUCGGAGUGGAUCAAUUCGGCCACCUUCCGCGGGCUCACCAGGCUGAUCGUGCUCGACCUGUCGGGCAAUAAGAUUUCCAAAAUGGAGUCGACGAUCUUUCGCGACCUGAAGGCGCUGCAGGCGCUGCGGCUGCAGAAUAAUUUCAUCGAGAGCAUUGCCGAGCACACGUUUGCCGAGCUGGGUGCAUUGCAUUCGCUCGUGCUGUCAAACAACCGGCUGUCCACCAUCGAGCACUACACGUUCGGUGGCCUGCAUAACCUCGCGCUGCUCUCGCUGGACUACAACCGAAUCUCGCGCAUCGACCGGAAGGCGCUGCGUAACCAGAGCAAGCUGCAAGAGCUGCACAUCAACGGGAACAAGCUGCUCGAGGUGCCCUACGCCCUGUACGAUGUGCCACUGCUGCGGACGCUCGAUCUGGGCGAGAACCACAUCGCGAGCAUCGAUAACGCGAGCUUCCACGAUAUGGCGCACCUUUACGGGCUGCGGCUGACGGAGAACAACAUCGAAGUAAUACGACGCGGGACGUUCGACGCGAUGCAGUCGCUGCAUAUUUUGAAUCUUUCGCAGAACCGGUUGAAAACGAUCGAGCAGUCGUGCUUUGACAACAACACCAAACUGCAGGCGAUCCGGCUCGACGGCAACUACCUCACCGAGAUCGCGGGCCUCUUCACGAAGCUCCACAACCUGCUCUGGCUCAACAUCAGCGAUAACCAUCUCGAGGUAUUCGAUUACGCGCUCAUUCCCACGGGCCUCCAGUGGCUGGACGUGCACGCCAACAAGAUUGCGGAGCUCGGCAACUACUUCGAGAUCGAAUCGCAACUGUCGCUGAGCACGAUCGACGCGAGCUCGAAUCAGCUCACCGAGAUCACCGGAAGUGCGAUCCCGAACAGCGUGGAGCUGCUGUACCUCAACGACAACCUCAUCUCGAAGGUGCAGUCGUACACGUUCUUCAAGAAACCCAACCUGACGCGGGUGGAUCUGUUCGGCAACAAGAUAACGACGCUCGAUCCGAACGCGCUGCGAAUAUCGGCCGUGCCGGACGAGCGCCCCCUGCCGGAGUUCUACAUCGGCGGCAAUCCCUACCAGUGCGAUUGCAAUCUCAACUGGUUGCAGAAAAGUAACGCCGAUUCGCGAACCCAGCCGCGGCUGAUGGAUCUGGAUAGCAUCUACUGCAAGCUGCUGUACAACCGGGGUCGCACCUACGUACCGCUCGUCGAAGCCAUGGCAAACCAGUUCCUGUGCAAGUACGAAACGCACUGCCUCGCGCUGUGUCACUGUUGCGACUUUUACGCGUGCGACUGCAAGAUGGAGUGUCCGGAGCGCUGCACCUGCUACCACGACCAGAGCUGGGACUCGAACGUGGUCGACUGCUCGCGGGCCGGGUACGAUGGCCGGCUGCCGGAUCAGAUGCCGAUGGACUCGACGCAAAUCUACCUGGAUGGAAACGGCUUCCAGUCGCUGGCCAGCCACGCCUUCUUGGGUCGGAAGCGGCUGAAGAUCCUUUUCCUGAACGGCUCGCGCGUUGAAACGAUCAGCAAUCGUACGUUUUUCGGGCUGAAGGAGCUGGAAAUUCUGCAGCUCGACCACAAUCGCAUCGAUAAGCUGAACGGCUUCGAGUUCGUAGGGCUGGAAAAUCUCAAAGAGCUGUUCCUGCAGUACAAUCGGAUAUCGGUGAUCGCCAACAACACCUUCGAUCAGCUGCACGGUAUGCGCGUCCUUCGGUUGGACCAUAACCGUAUUGUAGAGUUUAACAUCUGGCACCUACCGAAGCAGCUCAACGAAAUGCGUCUGGCAGCUAACUCGUGGUCCUGUGAGUGUGAGUUCGUGGAGCGAUUCCGGGAGUUCCUGAAGACGUACGACUUUGUGCGCGAUCGGUACAAGAUCAGAUGUUCCAUCGCUUCGAAUCGGUUGCCUUCGAAUGGGACUAUCAGUGCUAGUGAUACUACCGUCGACUCGUAUGGCGAAAAUGCACCCGAAGGGGCGGUGGAAGGUUUCACUAUCAUUUACAACAACAGUUCAUCGGUUUGCACCGGCGUGGUGCAGCUUGAAAAUGUUAUCAAUGGAAACUUGACCUCAAAGAAAACGGUCCUCACACCACAGCCGGUCGAAGGUUACAUUCCGCUCGUGGUUGCAACGUUGUGUGCCUUCUCCGUCGUGAUUGUGCUAACGUUAGUGAUUUUCGUGUUUCGGCAGGAGGUACGCGUGUGGUUUCACUCCAAAUUCGGCGUACGCCUGUUUUAUAACACUGCCGACCUGGACAAGAACGAGCGUGAUAGACUAUUCGAUGCGUUUAUCUCCUACAGCUCGAAGGACGAGUCGUUCGUAGCGGAAGAACUCGCGCCAGUGCUUGAAAAUGGAGACCCAUCGUAUAAACUCUGCCUGCACUAUCGAGACUUUCCGGUUGGGGCGUAUAUUGCGGACAAUAUCCUGCAAGCAGUUGAGUCCUCGCGACGCACGAUCAUGGUGCUGUCGGAGAACUUCAUCAAAUCGGAGUGGUGUCGGUUCGAGUUCAAAUCAGCGCACCAUCAGGUACUGCGCGACAGACGGCGCCGUCUGAUAGUGAUCCUGUUAGGCGAGGUGCCCCAGAAGGAUCUCGAUCCCGACAUUCGGUUGUAUCUCAAAACGAACACCUACCUUCAGUGGGGCGACAAGCUGUUUUGGGAGAAGCUACGGUUCGCCCUGCCAGAUGCGCUCAACAAUCAGAGGCGGCAGCAUCAGCAAAACAUUGCCCUCACCCACUCGAACAUACGCAACAGCUACCAACAGACCCGCGCUGCUCCGUCCAACCGGACGAACAACCAGUUGAACGUGCAGCAACAGCUUCAACACGAGGGACGGCCGCAACCGAGAUCCCCCGACAGCCAUUCUAGUGCAGCUCAGCAGCAGCAGCUACAGCCUCUUCCUGGGCUGGUGAUUGGUGUGCAACCACAACAGCUACAAAGUAACCAGCAGCAAUCGCAACUACGUAAUUCUAGUUCAUCCGAUUCAUCCCCAAGAACAGUUGGUACUCAUAUCUAA